AACAGGCUUCAGGCUUCCUUUCCUUUCUCUGGCCAGCGGUGCGGCUGGUGGGGGACUCUCAGCUGUCCCUGCUGCAGGCUUUCUGACAGUGGUCUGUGUGGAGAAUGCAGGCUGAGAAGUACAGGACGAGCGGUAGAAGUGACAAGAAGGAGUUGGUCAUCGAGUCCCCCCUGCAGUACAAGGAUGCAGCUCAGGCAGACGUGGAGGCAGAGAGCUCCACAUUGGCAAAGCCAAAGCUGAUCGAGCCACUGGACUACGAAAAUGUCAUCGUGCAGAAGAAGACGCAGAUCCUAAACGACUGCCUGCGGGAGAUGCUCCUCUUCCCUUAUGAUGACUUCCAGACGGCCAUCCUGAGGCGGCAGGGGCGGUACUUACGCUCCACGGUCCCUGCAAAUGCAGAGGAGGAAGCACAGAGCCUGUUUGUCACUGAGUGCAUCAAAACCUACAACUCUGACUGGCAUCUUGUGACCUAUAAAUAUGAAGAUUACUCAGGAGAGUUCCGACAGCUUCCAAACAAAGUGCCCAAGCUGGAUAAACUUCCGGUCCACGUCUAUGAAGUCGAUGAGGAGGCCGACAAAGAUGAGGAUGCUGCUUCCCUUGGGUCUCAGAAGGGCGGGAUCACCAAGCAUGGCUGGCUGUACAAAGGCAACAUGAACAGCGCCAUCAGCGUGACGAUGAGGUCAUUCAAGAGGCGGUUUUUCCACCUGAUUCAACUUGGCGAUGGAUCCUAUAAUCUAAACUUUUAUAAAGAUGAGAAGAUCUCCAAGGAACCGAAAGGGUCCAUAUUCCUGGAUUCCUGCAUGGGUGUGAUCCAGAACAACAGAGUCAGGCGCUUCGCUUUUGAGCUCAAGAUGCAAGACAAAAGCAGUUACCUUCUGGCGGCAGACAGCGAGGCAGAGAUGGAGGAGUGGGUCACUGUUCUCAACAAGAUCCUCCAGCUCAACUUUGAAGCCGCAAUGCAAGAAAAGCGGAACGGGGAUCCUCAUGAAGAUGACGAGCAGAGCAAACUGGAAGGUUCUGGUUCCGGUUUGGACAGCUACCUGCCUGAACUUGCCAAGAGCACCAGAGAAGCAGAGAUCAAAUUGAAAAGCGAGAGCAGAGUGAAGCUUUUUUACUUGGACCCAGAUACCCAGAAACUUGACUUCUCAUCCGCUGAACCAGAAGUGAAGCCCUUUGAAGAAAAGUUUGGGAAAAGGAUUCUCGUCAAGUGCAACGAUUUGUCCUUUAACCUGCAGUGCUGUGUCGCAGAGAAUGAGGAAGGACCCACGACAAAUGUCGAGCCUUUCUUUGUCACCCUGUCCCUGUUCGACAUAAAAUACAACCGAAAGAUUUCUGCUGACUUCCACGUGGACCUGAACCACUUCUCAGUGCGGCAGAUGCUGACCCCCACGUCCCCAGCUCUGAUGAAUGGUGGCCAGAGCCCACCUGCCUUCCAGGAUGCCCUUCAUACAGCCAUGCAGUAUCCGAAGCAGGGAAUAUUUUCAGUCACGUGUCCUCACCCAGACAUAUUUCUUGUGGCCAGAAUUGAGAAGGUCCUCCAAGGAAGCAUCACGCACUGUGCUGAACCGUAUAUGAGAAGCUCAGACUCUUCUAAGGUUGCCCAGAAGGUGCUGAAGAAUGCCAAGCAGGCAUGCCAAAGACUAGGACAGUACAGAAUGCCAUUCGCCUGGGCAGCAAGGACGUUGUUUAAAGACACCUCUGGAAACCUGGAUAAAAACGCCAGAUUUUCUGCCAUCUACCGGCAAGACAGCAAUAAGCUUUCAAAUGAUGACAUGCUCAAGCUGCUCGCAGACUUCCGGAAACCUGAGAAGAUGGCCAAACUCCCAGUGAUUUUAGGCAAUCUAGACAUUACAAUUGACAGUGUUUCCUGUGACUUCCCUAAUUAUCUAAAUUCAUCAUACAUUCCCAUGAGGCAAUUUGAAACCUGCAGUAAAUCUCCAAUCACUUUUGAAGUAGAGGAGUUUGUGCCCUGCAUACCCAAGCACACCCAGCCUUAUACAGUCUACAGCAAUCACCUUUAUGUUUACCCAAAAUACUUGAAAUAUGACAGCCAGAAGUCGUUUGCCAAGGCCAGAAACAUUGCUAUCUGCAUUGAGUUCAAGGAUUCUGAUGAAGAAGACUCUCAACCCUUGAAGUGCAUUUACGGCAGACCUGGUGGCCCGGUGUUCACGAGAAGUGCCCUUGCCGCGGUCCUACACCAUCAGCAAAACCCAGAAUUCUACGAUGAGAUCAAGAUAGAGCUGCCCGCCCAGCUGCAUGAGAGGCACCAUUUACUGUUCACCUUCUUCCACGUCAGCUGCGAUAACUCCACCAAAGGAAGCACGAAGAAGAAGGACGCUGUGGAAACGCAGGUUGGCUUUUCCUGGCUGCCUCUCCUGAAAGAUGGAAGGGUGUUGACGAGUGAGCAGCACAUCCCCGUCUCGGCUAACCUGCCAUCUGGCUACCUCGGCUACCAGGAGCUCGGCAUGGGCAGGCAUUAUGGUCCAGAGGUUAAGUGGGUGGAAGGAGGCAAGCCACUGUUGAAGAUCUCCACUCAUCUGGUUUCCACAGUGUACACUCAGGAUCAACAUUUACAUAAUUUUUUCCAAUACUGUCAGAAAACGGAAUCUGGAGCCCAAGCCUCAGGGAGUGAACUAGUAAAAUACCUUAAGAGUCUGCAUGCGAUGGAAGGCCAUGUGAUGAUCGCCUUCUUGCCGACCAUUUUAAAUCAGCUAUUCAGAGUCCUCACAAGAGCCACCCAGGAGGAGGUUGCUGUGAACGUGACACGGGUCAUUAUUCAUGUGGUUGCCCAGUGCCAUGAGGAAGGAUUGGAGAGCCACUUGAGGUCAUAUGUUAAGUUUGCCUAUAAGGCUGAGCCGUACGUUGCAUCUGAGUAUAAGACAGUGCACGAGGAACUGACGAAAUCCAUGACCACCAUUCUCAAGCCUUCUGCCGAUUUCCUUACCAGCAACAAACUUCUGAAGUACUCUUGGUUUUUCUUUGAUGUGCUGAUAAAGUCCAUGGCUCAGCAUUUGAUUGAAAAUAACAAAGUCAAGUUACUGCGGAACCAGAGAUUUCCGGCCUCCUACCAUCACGCUGUGGAAACCGUGGUGAACAUGCUGAUGCCACAUAUCACCCAGAAAUUUCGAGAUAACCCAGAAGCAUCUAAAAAUGCCAAUCACAGCCUCGCUGUGUUCAUCAAGAGAUGCUUCACCUUCAUGGACAGAGGCUUCGUCUUCAAGCAGAUCAACAACUACAUCAGUUGCUUUGCUCCCGGGGACCCCAAGACUCUCUUUGAGUACAAGUUUGAGUUUCUCCGCGUGGUGUGCAACCAUGAACACUAUAUUCCUUUGAAUUUGCCGAUGCCAUUUGGAAAAGGAAGAAUUCAGAGAUACCAAGAUCUCCAGCUUGACUACUCCUUAACAGACGAGUUCUGCAGAAACCACUUCUUGGUGGGACUGUUGCUAAGGGAGGUGGGCACUGCGCUCCAGGAGUUCCGGGAGGUCCGAGUCAUCGCCAUCAGCAUGCUCAAGAACCUGCUGAUAAAACAUUCUUUUGAUGACAGAUACAAUUCGAGGAGUCACCAGGCAAGGAUAGCCACUCUCUACCUGCCUCUGUUUGGUCUGCUUAUUGAAAAUGUCCAGCGGAUCAACGUGAGGGAUGUGUCACCCUUUCCUGUGAACCCGGGCAGUAUCGUGAAGGACGAAGCCCUGGCUGUGCCUGCUGGGAAUCCACUCAUGACUCCGCAGAAGGGAAACACACUUGACCACAGCCUGCACAAAGACCUCUUGGGCGCCAUCUCUGGCAUUGCUUCUCCGUAUACAGCCUCAACCCCCAACAUCAACAGCGUGAGAAAUGCCGACUCAAGAGGCUCUCUCAUUAGCACGGACUCAGGGAACAGCCUUCCAGACAGGAACCCCGAGAAGAGCAACUCUCUGGAUAAGCAGCAGCAGAGUGGCAUGCUGGGAAAUUCCGUGGUUCGAUGCGACAAACUGGACCAGUCUGAGAUCAAGAGCCUGCUGAUGUGUUUCCUCUACGUGCUGAAAAGCAUGUCUGACGAUGCCCUGUUUACAUAUUGGAACAAAGCUUCAACUGCUGAAUUGAUGGAUUUCUUUACAAUAUCUGAGGUCUGCCUGCACCAGUUCCAGUACAUGGGGAAGCGAUACAUAGCCAGGAACCAGGAGGGGUUGGGACCCAUAGGUCAUGAUCGAAAGUCUCAGACAUUGCCUGUUUCCCGUAACAGAACAGGAAUGAUGCAUGCCAGAUUGCAGCAGCUGGGCAGCCUGGAUAACUCUGUCACUUUUAACCACAGCUACGGCCACUCAGAGGCAGAUGUCGUUCACCAGUCGCUUCUCGAAGCCAACAUCGCUACUGAGGUCUGCCUCACAGCGCUGGACACCCUCUCUCUCUUCACACUGGCUUUUAAGAACCAGCUCCUAGCUGAUCAUGGGCAUAAUCCCCUCAUGAAGAAAGUUUUUGACGUCUACCUGUGUUUCCUUCAAAAACACCAGUCAGAAAUGGCUUUAAAAAACGUCUUUACUGCCUUAAGGUCUCUAAUUUAUAAGUUCCCCUCGGCGUUCUACGAGGGGCGGGCGGACAUGUGUGCCUCCCUGUGCUAUGAGGUCCUCAAGUGCUGCAACUCCAAGCUCAGUUCCAUCCGGACGGAGGCCUCCCAGCUGCUCUACUUCCUGAUGAGGAACAACUUCGACUACACAGGAAAGAAGUCUUUUGUUCGGACGCACUUACAGGUCAUCAUCUCUGUCAGCCAACUGAUUGCAGAUGUGGUUGGCAUUGGAGGAACCAGAUUCCAGCAGUCCUUGUCUAUCAUCAACAACUGUGCCAACAGCGACCGGAUCAUCAAGCACACCAGCUUUUCCUCUGAUGUGAAAGAUUUGACUAAGAGGAUCCGCACAGUCCUGAUGGCCACAGCCCAGAUGAAGGAGCACGAGAACGACCCGGAGAUGCUGGUGGACCUCCAGUACAGCCUGGCUAAGUCCUACGCCAGCACCCCUGAGCUCAGGAAGACGUGGCUAGACAGUAUGGCGAGGAUUCACGUUAAAAAUGGGGACCUCUCAGAGGCGGCAAUGUGCUAUGUCCACGUGACAGCCUUGGUGGCAGAAUAUCUCACACGGAAAGGCAUGUUCAGACAGGGGUGCACAGCCUUCAGGGUUAUCACACCAAACAUCGAUGAAGAGGCUUCCAUGAUGGAAGACGUCGGCAUGCAGGACGUCCAUUUCAACGAGGAUGUGCUGAUGGAGCUGCUGGAGCAGUGUGCGGAUGGACUUUGGAAGGCGGAGCGCUACGAGCUGAUCGCUGACAUCUAUAAGCUCAUCAUCCCCAUCUACGAAAAGCGGAGGGAUUUCGAGAGACUAGCCCAUCUGUAUGACACGCUGCACCGCGCAUACAGCAAAGUGACAGAGGUCAUGCACUCGGGCCGCAGGCUCCUGGGGACCUACUUCCGGGUGGCCUUCUUUGGACAGGGGUUCUUCGAAGACGAAGAUGGGAAGGAAUACAUCUACAAAGAGCCCAAGCUCACGCCUCUGUCAGAGAUUUCUCAGAGACUCCUUAAACUUUACUCGGAUAAAUUUGGUUCCGAAAAUGUCAAAAUGAUACAGGAUUCUGGCAAGGUCAACCCGAAGGAUCUGGACUCCAAGUUUGCCUACAUCCAGGUGACCCACGUGACCCCAUUCUUUGACGAAAAGGAGUUACAAGAGAGGAGAACAGAGUUUGAACGAUGUCACAACAUCCGGCGCUUCAUGUUUGAGAUGCCCUUCACCCAGACCGGGAAGAGGCAGGGUGGCGUGGAGGAGCAGUGUAAGCGGCGGACCAUCCUGACAGCAAUACACUGCUUCCCCUACGUGAAGAAGCGGAUCCCUGUCAUGUACCAGCACCACACUGACCUGAACCCCAUUGAGGUGGCCAUCGAUGAAAUGAGCAAGAAGGUGGCCGAGCUCCGCCAGCUCUGCUCGUCGGCUGAAGUGGAUAUGAUCAAACUGCAGCUCAAACUGCAGGGCAGUGUGAGCGUCCAGGUCAAUGCUGGUCCGCUAGCAUAUGCCCGAGCCUUCCUCGAUGACACCAACACAAAAAGAUACCCUGACAAUAAGGUGAAACUGCUGAAGGAAGUUUUCAGGCAAUUUGUGGAAGCUUGUGGUCAAGCCUUGGCAGUGAACGAGCGUCUCAUUAAAGAAGACCAACUGGAGUACCAGGAAGAGAUGAAGGCCAACUACAGGGAGAUGGCCAAGGAGCUCUCCGACAUCAUGCGUGAGCAGAUUUGCCCCCUGGAGGAGAAGACAAGCGUGCUACCAAAUUCCCUGCACAUCUUCAACGCCAUCAGCGGGACACCAACAAGCACAGUGGUUCAAGGGUUGACCAGCUCGUCCUCAGUUGUGUGAUUUUACCUCAUGAACCGUGUGUGGGGACAUGCUUUGUCAUGUGCAAACUCAGGAUGACUUCCAGAGCUAAUCACUGGUGUGGCCAAGCACAGGAAGAAGCCAUGGGGAAUGGGAGAGAGAAGGAGCCUGGACUGUGAUAUUUAAUAGCAGAUUUUAUAGGAGUCGGGGGAAGGUGCACAUAGUUUUUUAAAUCUCACUGGCAAUAUUUAGUUUUCCUCAUGUCUUAACAGGUAUAUGUGGAUACUCUUGAGCUGAAGUUCAGUUUUAUUCUUCUUACAGUAUAGUAUUAAAAUAAAUGGUCUAAAGGAAAAGAGGGAAAGUGUGCUGGGACACCUGUGGCAGGUGUCCUGGGAUACCUGUAGCAGGUGUCCUGGGACACCUGUAGCAGGUGUGCUGGGACACCUGUAGCAGGUGCUGGGACACCUGUAGCAGGUGUUGCUGGGACUGGGACACCUGUAGCAGGUGUUGCUGGGACUGGGACACCUGUAACAGGUGUUGCUGGGACUGGGACACCUGUAGCAGGUGUUGCUGGGACUGGGACACCUGUAGAAGGUGUCCUGGGACUGGGACACCUGUAGCAGACAAAGCAGCACUGAACCUGGGGUUGGGGACUAAGCUGGAAAAAUCUUGAAAAUAUUUUUCUCCCUGGGGCACAUUCAGGUUGAGUACAAGAACUAUUUUUGUGUCUAAUUUUGAUGACGGAAAGGAAUUGCCUAUUGUAAUUUUGUACUAGUGAAUGAGGAGACUUAGAGCCUUUAUAUUCAUGCCUUGUGUUGGCAACAUGAGCACUUCAGAAGCUGAGUGUGAGCCUAAGCCUAGUCAGCAUUAUAGAACCAAAGGCCUGUACUAGCAAACACACCCAUGCUAAAACCUAAAACCCCAUGUACAUACUGACUGUCAAUACAGCCUCCUUGCUAUGUCCACACACUCACCACAUUUCUACACUUUUAAUACGUCAGUGUCCAUGUUAAGUUUAUUAUUCGUGGCCCAUUUGUGCUGUUCUCAGUAUAUGCAAACACAUUGGACUUCACUGUUUAUUCUUGUACAUAAGAAGUGCAAUAUGGAGAUGUAUACAGUCUUUGCUAUAUUAGGUUUAUAAACUGUUUUAAAAAAAUUCAUCCUUUUGCCAAAAUGAUGAACUAAGUGAUUGGUAAACCCUAAGCCCUGUAUGAGUGGAGGGAUAGUUUAAAGUUUUCACCAUGUUAUAUUUUCUUUUGAGACUUUAAUUUAGUAAUUUUAUAUUUGGGAAAAAAAAUAAAGGUUUUUAAUUUAACUGGAAUCACUGCCCUGCUGUAAUUAAAUAUCCUGUACCCCAACUGUAUUAAAAAUAACAUUGCUGAUUUUCUGGUAAUAAACACUGAAUGUUUGUUGUUUGGCCAUCCUAAAAAAGGACAGGGUACCUAGUGGUGAAAUAACAUUACAUAAUUUUCCUCUAAAAUAAAAAGAAGUGUGGAUGGAUACAGUAAGUUGGCAGUUAUCGAAGCUGUGGUUGAAUGGAUGGAGAUCUAAACACCAGGACUCUGCUUUUCUGGAAGCUUCCAUGAUACAGGUUUCAAAAGGCAAAGCUGGGAGUUUAUGCUCUGAGGACUCGGGUGACUGCCUGGAAACAGGAGAUGCUUCCGUCUGAUUUUCCUCUUCUCAGCUGUGUCAGAGUGCAAGUCUCUGUCUUCUCCCUGGCUUGCUUUUGAGAGGAGCACUCUGGGAUCCAGUGGCUAGUCAACUCUCCCAGAGAUCCUUAGGCAGCCAUGACAGUAUGCCACACCCUCAUGGAAGACUACGGACUAUGUCGGGUCUGAAACAUUCUCAGAGCUGAGGUGAAACUGGAAAAAGAAACUAGAGAUGGUAAAGGGUGUGCAGAUGCCCCAAAGUAUCUGGACUCGGAGCUUCAGGAAAGGCUUAGUGUAGAUUUGCGGAGUCUCUGACACUCCAACCCUGUGUCAUAAGCCUCCGCUCAAACACCAUCACAGGUAGAUUGGAGGGAGAGCCCUGCCAUUGGGCUGGAUUUACUAGUCAUAAACACCUCAUUUUGGAGUCAUAAAGUUCAAGUCAUGAAAGAUAAAGAAAAGCCUGGAAAGAGUCCCUGGAAGAUAAGAUUGUUUGGAAGGUGGCCAAUCCUCACGCGCUGCAGAGUAGAGAAAGGAGCCCUCUCUGUGAUGGCCAUGAUCCAGACAGACACCCUAAUGUAGCUGAGGAAAAGCCAGAGGCAUUCGGGUAUAGAAAGGGAGUCACCUCCCGUCACUACCUCAGAGGGGCGAGGGGCAGUGGGGAAGGCUUAAGAGAUUUCUGUUGGCCGAUGAAACAUUUCAUAGAGUUCAUAUAAAAUAGUUUAAUUUUCAUGUAAGAGGACACAUUGGGGCAGGGGAGAUGUUCAUGGUAUUUACGCUGUAAGUCUGACAGUCUGAGUUCAACUCCUCAGAACCCACAUAAAAGUGAAGAGAACACCACAGAGUUGUCUCCGACACCCAUACACAUGCUAUGUAUGACACACAUGCCCUUGUAUAUACUACAAAUACAGGUAGGAUAAUAGCAACUUUUAAAAAUUAUAAAAUAGUGGUUUCUUAGGGAAAACUAUUGCUAAUUACUAGUAAAUUUUAGAGUAGUUACAGAGGUUAUAAUUUUUUUAAUUGAUGAAAAAGUACACAUGGCAAAAUUUGCCUGUUUGAUCAUUCACAUGUACGGUCAGUGAUGGGACAUUCAUGUUAUAAAAACUUUACCACACCCAUCUCCACAUCUAUCUUGUCUUCCCAAACAGAAACCAUAUUAUCCAGGGAACAAUAACUUCUUAGUUCCCCUUUGAGAAGAUUGAUUUUUAAGUUACUCUAGGAUUAAAACUCUACUUAGGUCCUUAUUAGGGACACUUGAUGCCUGGGAAUUAGAUUUCUGCAUGAAAAAGCAGUGGCUGUGUGUAGCCAGCCCAGACUGAAGGAGAACUUACAAGCAACCAAAAAAUAAAGAAAUAAAUAAGCAAACAAAACAAAGCAAAACAACCCCACGGGUAGUGGUUUACUCUCGCACAGGGCAACUCCCGAGUGGAGAGGCGUUGACUUCUGCCAGAGAAGACCACUUGUGCCUAUAGUCUCGGUGCUUAAGAGGCAGCCUCGGGAAGAUAAUGUAAGGCUAGCCUGGGCUACACACAUUUGAUUGCCUUAACGGGGGUGGGGUGUGUCACUUAUGUAAAUGAAACAUGUCAACACAGAAAGUUGUAUAGCUUUUAAAAAAAUCAUUAAUCACAGAGUGGUUUAGACGAUCAACGUGUAUACCAAAAGUCUACACACAUUUAAUGUAUAUAAUCUGAGUCAGAUGUAAAUAAAUACAUCCAAGGCUUCCGAAUCUUUUUGCCUGGGGUGGGGGUCGGGGGGAAUGGAGAUGGAUUUGGCCUGGCACAUGCUAGGCAAGUCUGUCACCAAACUGUGACCUCAACCUACUUGUGCUUUUAUUUUUCAAGGUAAGAAUAGUUAGCAGGAGUUCUGCCCUCAUAAAAAUUUAAGAACACAGCCUCAUGUUAGAAAUGCCACAGGGAAUAGGGUUGUAAGACAGACUUGUCCACUGAGGCUUUUUUUAUAGUUUGAUUUUCAGAACCUGCCUUCCAAACCUGUGAUUUUUUUUUAACCAAAAAUGUAACCAAAAAUAUUUAAGAAAAAAUCAUUUCUAUAUUAAAAAUGUGUGAACUCAUUUCUAAUCAAUAGUUUACACAUGUGAUGGUUGAUCUUGAUCGCCAACCUAAAUGGAUUGAGAGUCACCUAGGCGAUCAGUGAGGCACAGCCACCAAGAGGGAAAGACCCACCCUGAGUGUGGGUGACACCAUGCAAUUGGCAGGGCCCAGGUGGAACAAAUAUGGAAACUAGAAAGGAUCCCACUGUGAGGACAAGCCCUCCCUCUGCUCCAAGCUCUUCCACCACCUCUUCCACCACAAGCUUUUCCACCACCCAUGGAACCAUGGCUGACAACCUUGGAAAGUGUGAACCCAAAUCCUUUCUUUCCCCCUUGCUCAACUAUGUCUAUAGCAGCUUUACUCAUAAUGGCCAGAAACUGGAAACAACCUAAAUGUCUUUGAUCUGAGGAAUGGAUACAGAAAAUGUGGUAUAUCUACAUAAUGGAAUACUAUUCAGCCAUUAAAAAGAAGGACAGCAAGAGUUUCGAAGGCAAAUGGUUGGAACUGGAAAAUAUCCUGAGUGAGGUAAUCCAGAUCCAAAAGGACAUGUAUAUUCUCACUUAUAAAGCAGAUAUUAGCAAUAAAGCACAGGGUGACCAUGCUAUAAUCAAUAGACCCUAAGAAGACAAAUAACAAGAAGGGCACAAAGGAGAAUGGUUGAAUCUUUCUCAGAAGGGGAAAUCAAAUAGAUAUUAGAGGUGGGUGGAAGAGGGGAUUGAGAAGGGAGCUAGGCAUAAAGGGGUGAGCUCAUAUCUAGGGAGAGCAGGGAAGAGAGAAAGGAGAUCAGCAGGGGAUGGUGGCAGUCUCUAGGACAUGCCAAAGACCUGGGAUGAGGAGAGGCCCUAGAAGUUCUAAGGGGGUGACUCUAGCUAAGAUUCCUAGGAGUGGGAGAUACUGAUUGUGAAGUGACUACUUCCUAUAGCCAGGCAGGAGUUUGCCUUGAGUCUCCAAGGAGAUUUCUACUCAGACUUUUGAACAGUACUGAAGCUGGUGAGACCUGAGGAAGGAGUUAGCACAUUCCAGCUGUGUACAGUACAGCAGCAUCAUAUUAGGACUACGGUCAGGUCUUCAUAUGGAGAGCAAAUAGGACUUCAAGUGUUCUCAAAUGUCAAGAUGACAAGGGGAAGUUUUGGGAUGACUGCUCUUAAUUUCCUCCUUGGAUGGAUUGAGAUACACCGAGAUUAACAAAGCACACCCUGGGUGGGCCUGUGGGGAGUUCUCAGAGACAGUCCCACGUGGAGUCACCCUGAAGGUGACUAGCACCAUCCAAAAGGCAGGGGUCCAGAUGGAGCCAGAGCACCACAGACAAAGUCCACAGUGCCACUGUGCCCUCUCGGCUUCCUGGUGGGCACGAGGUGAGUAAUGUGUUCUACUGUGCCUUCCACCAUAUUGUCCUGCCUUCCAGCAGGCCGAGAACCAACGGAGCCAGCUGACCGCAGACUGAGCUUCUGAUACUGUGAGCCUAAUAAAAGCUCUUACUACUUAA